AUGCACAACAGCGGGAGCAGCAGGGUUGCUAUGUGUUCGGCCAGUGAGGAGGGAAUGAAGGCACAGAAGUGAACAUGUUGACUCUCUGAUGCUGGAGAUGACAGGAGAUCCUGCACCUGCAUGGGAUUCUGGGAACAGCACCAUUUGGGAGGAAUACAUCGACAUUGCCUUUGUGGCGGCAAACAGCUUGAUUCUAUUAAUCACUUCUGCUGUGGGCAUUACAGCGAAUGUGUUUGUCAUACUGGCAGUGUAUCGGCAAAAAUCACUGCAAACCUCCAAUAAUGCACUGGUGGUGAAUCUGGCUGUGAUCGACUUUCUGCGGUGUGUAUUCGACUGCCCCAUUCUGCUAACCGUCGUUAUCACUGUGUAUCAAAAGGGACAGUUGGACAGUCUGACCUGUGACACACAAAUGGCCUCUUUCUCUUUCAGCUGCUGCAUACAGUUGUUAACGCUGGUGUGCAUAAGUGCAGAGAGACACCAGGCCAUCGCACAACCCUUCAAAACUGGCCAACGAAAAGCACGGAUUACGGCACUCAUUCUUCUCACAUGGAUCUUGGCUAUUCUCAUGGCUGUUUUUUCACUGAUGUUUUUCAGUGACUCACCCGUGCAUGUGCGAUGCCAAGGACGACAGAGAGAAACAUCAUCUUCCUAUGACAACUUUGGACUUUACAUGCUGUUCCCACUGUGGGCAGCUUGCUUCGGUCUUAUCAUUGGAUUCUACACUCGCAUAUUUGCUCUAGUGAGAUCACACAAUCGCAAAAUAUUUGAUAAAGGAACUUCUUCUCCUCCUAAAAAAGACACAUCAGAAGAUAAGCCAAAAAAGGAAGAGACAACAAUCGUUGCAAAUGGACAUGGAAAAUCUGAGCAAAACCAGACCCUGAGCAUCCCUGCUGCUCAGACACAUCCUGAACCAGAUUCAUCAAAGAAAAAGACUUCAGCUUCUCUGCAGACCUCAGGAAAAGCUCCUCAGGGUCUCUCCAUCAGUCCAGAGAAUAAAAAAGAAUACAAAAAUACACUGGAAAUAAGUGACUUAGAAUCAGACCAGCCUGACCCCGCUGCAGUGCAGUCUGCAGUGGAGACGACUAAGGAGAAACAUUUAAAAACAGAGCAGUCCAGCCUCGGUGCCACAAAUGUCACAAAAGGAGACACAGCUACUAAUGUAAAGAACUCAACCACAAAGACGCAGAAGGUGUCGAGCAAUUUCGACACAGAAAACCAGACCAAAGAGAGACUGAAAACCGACAAAGAAACCAGCCCCAGUGUUUUGUUGAUUGCGCAGUCAGAAAAUCCUGAAUCUACAUCUGUCUUACUGAUUGAACCAAAACGAGCAAAGAACAGCAAUGAAGGAGAAACACUGGCUGUUGCUGCAGUGAAUCAAGUAUCUUCAUUACCUCCAGUCUCGAGCAAUGUCCCUGAAACAGAAGCUGUAAAACAGAACAUGGAGGUAGAAGGAGCUGUUUGCAUGAUGCCUUCAAAAGCAGGGAGAGAGAGAGCAAGGAAAAAGAAGGAAAGUAAAAUGGCCAAGCGUGCUGGCUACAUAAUCAUUACCUUCCUCCUAUUCUGGCUGCCUCUAAUCGCAACUAUCCUGAUGAAUUUUGUUCACAAAAGCAAGAAUACACAGCAUCUGGUGCUUAGCGAGACCAGUUAG